CCUAUGUUCCAGAGGAAGCCACUGACCCCAAAGUGUAAGGGCCUGUGAGAAUGUUAGUCAGACCUGUGAAGAUUUUAGAAGCAAGCACAUCUCUCCCGCCCCCGCUUAUAUCAGCAGAAAGAAAUGUGGUGAUGAAAACUACUGACCACAAUACUACCGUCGGCUGCUGAGACUCCAGAGUGGAGACACGGGGAUGCUGAACACGGUUUUCUUCCUCAGAAGUUACAGAGCAUUCAAGGCCUGUGGGUCUUGUAACACAGACCUUUAGUUUCAGCUCCCAGAACUAAAACAAUAAACAAGACUUUGAUCUAAAAUUCAGCAUAAUUCUGUGAGUCAGACAGGGACGGAAAGGAAGCAGGAUCAUGGGAAGUCGUCCUACAGAAGUCACGGAGUUGCUAAAUAAGAAAAAACACUAAGUGGCUGUGACAGUCUUGUCACUUGCUGAGUUCUGAGAGAGUUGGUGUGAGUAUAGCCGAAGGAAACAAGCAGACGGACGGACAAAUGCAGGUCUUCGAUGAUUACACUGUGGCAAGAAUAACAGAAGAUGAGAUGGUCUGCAGCAAGAGAAGACACUUGGUGUAGAGAUUAUAAAAAGGAAUCCCACACACCUGCCAUCUAACUAGAAUUGCUUGACACAGGAUGAUGGAAAAAAUCCUGAAGAAGUUAGAUGCCUUGGAUGAGAGUGCAAGGAUACUUGCAGCCAUCAGAGCAAAGAAAACCGACAGUCAUUUUGAACAAACAAAAAAGGCUUUGACUACGCCCCUGCUAUCUGAUCUUCAUGUGGAAUUUGGAGGCACAAUUGCUCCAUCUGCAUUUAAGAGAGUAACAGGGAUCAUAGAAGAUAAAUCAUGUGACCUUAAUAAGUCAAAAAUGCAUGUAUCUUUUGAAUAUAAACCUGAACUGAAAAGUGCCUUUGAAGAGUCAGAUUUACCUGGUCUUGCAACAAACAAAAAAUAUAAAGAAAAGCCAAAAAGAGAAAAUCUAAAAUUGAGUCCUAGAGCUCUUCGUUAUCUUAAGGAUCAAACUGAGGAAGUAUAUGCAAAGCCCUUGCAUUUUCUACAGUCUUGGCCUAGAAACCUGUAUAAAAGAUCACCAGAGUCGUCAGUCCUGUGCACUACACUCGUCAGUCAAUCCAAUGCCGAUCAAAAUGAAAGGAGAGCUAAGAAGUCCAUAUAUUCUACAGACCAUUCAGCAGAUUCUAUUGAAAAACGGAGGAAGUAUCAUCUAUUGGUAAAAGAAAAGGAGUCAGCCAGAGAUAACCAAGCAAGAACACCUUGUCCAGUAAAACAGAACGUCUUAAUUCCCUUAAACUUGGAGGCUGUAAUGAAAAAUCCCACAGUCAAGAUAAUUGACCUUGGUCCAACAGAGAGAGUGCUUUAUUUUAUGGACAUGGAGACAGUGCCAACUACAACAGGCCGACCAGACACCAAACCCAUCCCAUCUUCGAGUCUGGACUUUCCGGCCCUCAAAGCUGAAGAAAGUCAUACAAAUCCGAUAAUUUUCCAUGACACAGCAUAUGUAGAAAUGUUGUUCCUGGCAAAAAGGUUCACUCCCUAUGUUAUGACAUAUACAAGAAAGAAUGUUGUUCUAGAAAAGAACUGUGAAAUGACGAAAGCUUUAUUUAAUGAUCAACCCUAUGCUGUUUCUAACCCUCAAAGACCUAAGCCUGUAUUGCAGCACAAGGAGUUGUUCUUGCUCUUUGCUCAACUGGUACAACAGCGUCUGCAGGAGAAAAGAAAGAAGAAACUCGACCGUCUAGCUUCCGAAAACAGACUCCCAAACACACUUUAUAACUUAUCCCGCACUUUUUCCAGCAUAACCAAAAAAUUUGUGGGUUACUUUGAUAAAGAUGCUAUUCAAGAAAAGAAUGCUACGACAGAUGAAUUUGGAAGAAUAUUUUCCAAAACAAAACCACCACCCACAUGCAAAUUCACUGCCUUACCCCUCAAGUAUGACUCAAAGCCUCUGAAAAACAUAACUGAAAUACGUAAACUAAACAACAUAACCCCACUAGAUAGCCUGCUAAGCUAAAAAGUCAAUGACUCAUAAAGAAUUGUAUAUGCAGCAAUAUUUAAAAGCAAGAGGAACCGAGUUCCAAGAUCAUGGAAGAAAUUCUCAAGUGAUUAUUAAUGUUCUGACGGAUGAAGUACACCAUUCCUAGCUAGUAUGAAGAUGGAAUUAGGGAAUUAUCAACAAGAGAGAUUCACUGAUUACUUAGUUUUUGUUGUGAGCCUAACUUUUAAUGGUUGAGCCAUCUUUCUAGCCCAUUCAUGUCUUAUCUCACUUAUCAGACAUCCCUGUUGGCUAUAAGACAUUCUCAUUCAGAACCAACUAUCAUGUACAUUGAUUAAAAAGUUGAUGUCGGGAGCCAGAAAACAUCAACAAACAUGAUUGAAUGUCAAGAAAGAUAUACCAUUGAUUUAUUAGAAUGGAGUCAAUAAUAGAUCAGCAUUUAGAGACUCUUGGGAAAACAGUGCCACACAAGAAAUGUAUGUGAUUAAAAAGGCUUUGUAAAACCUA